AUGUUCGAGUUCGUAACAGUUUUACAUCCCAACGACUUCCGGGAGAGGAAGAGACAAGCAACGCUCCGACAACAUGCCAUUCGGAAAGGUUUAGAGCGGAGCAAAGCGGCGCGAGUGGAGAGACAAGGCGGCUUCAUAACCGUUGAUUUCGACAGCAAGACUUGUGAGCCCACAACAAGGCCGCACGAAUUAGUAAAUGUCUUGGCCAAGUCGCCAUCUGUUGGACUCCUAGAUCCGUUUAAUACUCUCUGCAGCUGUCCUGAGCGACUUCGGCAGCUAAUGCGUCAUCCAUCAGCAAGGCAAGCGGGCGAACCUAUCUUUUGCCUCGAAAAUUCUGGAAAAGGCUUCUUCCAGGGAGUCGAGUCUAUUUUUAGAGAGGCUUUGAUCGAGCCCGCCCUAUUCCAUGCGCUGUCACUUGUUUUAUCAUUUGCUGAGAGCAACCACGUACGCAAUGUAGAAGUACUAUCACAUCUCUGCGACCUCUUGAGCAUACUACGCUUAGAUACACAAGACUCUGGUUGGACGCCCAAGGUCUCUACCCUUACGGCAAUGUUGCUCUUGGUAGGGUAUGAAUGCCGCAUCGAUGACGACGACGACAACGCGCAUAGCAGUGUCAUCAUGACGCACAUGGAUGGCGUGCAGAGAGUGAUGAAAUUGUGCAUCGAGCACGGGAUCGUGCUGAACAAAGAGAUUCAGCGUGCGCUAUUCUGGCAGGAUGUCAUAAGUUGCCUGCUUGCCGGAUCCCCUCGAUUUCUUUCACACACCGACUUUGAGAAUUACCGCGUUGCGAGACACAUUCGUUUUCAGAGAGAGCCUAAUAUUCCUCCUGGCUUUCUGCCACACAUUGCGCCUUGGCCGGAAGGAUUCAGUACUGUUGUUCAAGAUCUCAACACACUGUGUGAGCUCGUCGAUAUUGACUGCGAUGAUGAACGUGAGUCGCUCGGGAUUUUUCCAAUAAAUGACGACCAGGCGAAUCUGGAGUCUCGCAUAGUGGACUUACUGAGUGAUCUGAGGAGGGGCUUAUCUGAUUACGAUCCUGUCUACGAAGCAUGUAUCUUCGCUGUCUACCUAUGCACCUACAAGUUGUCGACGAGUAUCUGGGGAAGCUGUUAUAUCCCAGAAAGAUGCGUCGAUCAGAUCCUUCGAUGCAUAGGGGAAGCCGCGCACAGUGUCCACUCAGCCGCCACGUCUGAGCUAAUCUUUUGGUUGAUGAUUGUUUGUGGUGGACUGUCAGAACGUAGCUGUGUUAGGGCACAGAUCAAAGGGCUCAUGUAUAACGGGCUACAUAGCUGCUUUGGCGGCUUCAUGCGAGACUGGCAAGCAUCGAAGAAGAUACUAAAGAGAUACAUUUGGUCCACAUACGCUAUGGAGUCAAAACUCGCUCGUUUCUGGGGCGAACUACAUGGAAAAGCUGUAGGGGGAUCAGUGGAAGAGGGAACCGGCAGAAUUACAUCGGAAACUUGUAUUUCCCAGGGCUUUCUAAAAGGUCACCCGCGUUGA